UUCAUGCCUAAGGCCAAAGUUCAUGAAUCUCUUCUUCACACAGCACUUUCCACUAAUCUCAGAAAAGGGUCAUGCUUUCCAUAUGGCGUUCCAAGCACAUAACUUUCUCAUUCUUGACCACUUUUCGAGCAUUCCAUUACCGUGCUCUUACUCAGGUAAGAACUUCUAACAAAGGGUUACUCAUAACACCUGAUCCUUGGUUUGUGAAGGUUGUUUCUACUCUAUUUCUUCGUUCUAGCUCUUUGGAUGAUAUCAUUUUGGGUUAUUUUCGCAAGCACUUGACUCCUUCUCUUGUGUUAGAGGUUGUCAAAAGGCUUAACAAUCCCAACUUGGGUUUCAAGUUCUUUCAGUUAACUAGGGAAAGGUUGAAUGUGCCUACUUCAUUCUGGACUUAUAAUAUGCUUUUGAGGUCAUUUUGUCAAGCAGGUCUCCACAAUUCAGCAAAAUUGUUAUAUGAUAGUAUGAGGUGUGAUGGGAAAUUACCUGACAGUAAGCUUUUGGGAUUUUUGGUUUGUUCUUUUGCACUGGCUCAUAGGCUUGAUGUUUCAAGGGAAUUACUUGCUCAAGCUCAAUGCAAUAAGGUUCAAGUAAAUGUGAUUGUUUAUAAUAACUUUUUUAACAUCUUGAUAAAACUUAAUCAAUUAGAUUAUGCCAUUUGUUUAUUUAGGGAGCUUAUGAGAUCACACUCUCCUCUAGAAACCUUAACUUUCAACAUUUUAAUUGAUGGUUUGUGCAGAGCUGGAGAAAUUAAUGAAGCUUUUGAGCUUUUCAGUGAUAUGAGAAGUUUUGGUUGUUUCCCGGAUAUAGUUACGUAUAACACUCUAUUACAUGGUUUAUGUAGAAUUGAUGAGAUUGAUAGAGCACACGAUUUGCUAAAAGUCGUUUGUUUAAAGUGUGAGUUUGCCCCCAAUGUUGUAAGCUAUACAACAGUGAUAUCAGGUUAUUGCAGAUUGUAUAAGAUGAAGGAGGCCUCCUCUCUCUUUGAUGAAAUGGUUAGAUCGGGAACCAAGCCUAAUGCAUUUACCUUUAGUGCCCUUGUUGAUGGCUUUGUUAAGGCAGGUGACAUGGCUUCUGCACUGGGCAUGCACAAGAAGAUGCUCUUGUAUGGCUGUUCUCCAAAUGUUGUUACUUUAACUUCCCUAAUAGAUGGCUAUUGCCGAGUUGGAUUGGUGAACCAUGGCUUAGAUCUAUGGCAUGAAAUGAAUGCAAGAAAUAUCCCUGCAAGCUUGUAUACUUUCUCUGUUCUUAUCAGUGCUUUGUGCAAGAGUAAUAGACUGCAAGAAGCUCGUGACCUUUUGAGACUAUUGAAGCAGAGUAACAUUGUUCCAAAGUCUUUUGUCUACAAUCCUGUCAUUGACGGAUACUGCAAAUCCGGGAACAUUGAUGAGGCUAAUGCUAUUGUAGUAGAAAUGGAAGAGAAAUGCAAGCUUGAUAAGUUGACAUUUACCAUUCUUAUUAUUGGGCAUUGUAUGAAAGGAAGAAUGGUCGAAGCAAUUGGUAUCUUUUACAAGAUGUUGGGAGCUGGUUGUUCCCCAGAUGAAAUCACUAUUAGAACAUUAAGUUCCUGUCUUUUGAAGGCUGGGAUGCCUAGUGAGGCUGCGCGCAUUAAGGAAACCCUUUUUGAAAAUCAAGGCACUUAACUGAGUAAAACUUAUCAUGAAAGUAGAAAUGCAGAUAAGUUUAUUUCUGUUUAUUAAAGUGCUACUACUAAUCAAUGUUCUGACUUGGACACUGCCUUCUGCUGUUUUCAUUUGAGGAAACAUUCAACAGGGUGUGUCACUAUUUUCUAGAGAUUAUCAACAAAGGAAUUUGAAUUGCCAAUCCCUCGAAGAUUCUGCUUUUCUUAUUUGGGAACUUCCAGGAAAUCUCUGUGUUUGGUAGUACCUGGAGUGGCAGGUGUUAUGAUUCACAAUUCUGAUCAUAACACAAAUGUAGAUAAUGUUUACCUGGUUGUGAACAAGCUUAAAGCUUGCCGGAUAUCACUAAAAGCAAUGAGAAAAGAUUUGUCUUGUUGAAUGAAAUUUCACACUUGAAGUUCAGCUUGUCAAUUGACAAACCGCUGGUUUUAAAUUCUUCUUUUUACAGGAAUUCGAUUUUGCAUUAAUUUUGUAUUUCCUUUUUUUUUUUUUCAAUUUAAAAGGUCUUAUGUUUGCUUUAUACAUUACAAAUCAGUUUAGAUAAAAAGUCUCCAAUUUCGUGCC